CUUCAGAGUCAUAUGACCAGCGCUCUGCUGUCAUUUCUGUUAGCACUAGCUAGCAAAGCACACCGACUAACGUUAGCUUUGAAAGGUUUGCUCUUCUUCUCCCGACCAUGACUGCACUGGUGGCAAACAGGGCAAUGGACGUGAACGGCUUGGCAGCAGCAGCGAGGACACACACGCAGGCUGUGACCCGAAACUACAUCUCUCAGCCCCGGCUCACUUACUCUACUGUAUCGGGUGUGAACGGCCCUCUGGUGAUCCUUGAUAAUGUGAAGUUCCCCAGAUAUGCUGAGAUUGUUCACCUGACCCUGCCGGAUGGCACCAAGAGGAGUGGGCAGGUCCUGGAGGUGAUUGGAAGCAAGGCAGUUGUCCAGGUGUUUGAGGGAACAUCAGGCAUUGAUGCCAAGAAGACGGCCUGUGAGUUCACUGGUGACAUCCUGCGCACCCCAGUGUCAGAAGACAUGCUUGGGCGUGUUUUCAACGGCUCCGGCAAACCCAUCGACCGCGGGCCCAGCGUCCUCGCUGAGGACUACCUGGACAUCAUGGGUCAGCCCAUCAACCCUCAGUGCCGUAUCUACCCUGAGGAGAUGAUCCAGACCGGCAUCUCAGCCAUCGAUGGCAUGAACAGCAUCGCCAGAGGACAGAAGAUCCCUAUUUUCUCUGCUGCUGGGCUGCCCCACAACGAGAUUGCUGCCCAGAUCUGUCGCCAGGCUGGCCUGGUGCAGAAGUCCAAGGAUGUGAUGGACUACAGUGCUGAGAACUUUGCCAUUGUCUUUGCAGCCAUGGGGGUCAACAUGGAAACUGCCCGCUUCUUUAAGUCUGAUUUUGAGGAGAAUGGCUCCAUGGACAACGUCUGCCUUUUCCUCAAUCUGGCAAAUGACCCCACCAUUGAGCGUAUCAUCACGCCUCGCCUGGCACUGACGUCAGCAGAGUACCUGGCGUACCAGUGUGAAAAGCACGUCCUGGUCAUCCUGACUGACAUGAGCUCCUACGCUGAGGCUCUGAGAGAGGUGUCUGCUGCCCGAGAGGAGGUACCUGGCCGUAGAGGCUUCCCUGGAUACAUGUACACUGAUCUGGCCACCAUCUACGAACGUGCCGGCCGAGUAGAGGGCAGAAAUGGCUCCAUCACCCAGAUCCCUAUUCUCACCAUGCCCAACGACGAUAUCACCCAUCCAAUUCCUGAUCUGACUGGAUACAUCACAGAGGGCCAGGUGUAUGUGGACAGACAGCUGCACAACAGACAGAUCUACCCCCCCAUCAACGUGUUACCCUCUCUGUCCCGUCUGAUGAAGUCAGCCAUCGGUGAAGGGAUGACCAGGAAGGACCACGCCGACGUUUCAAACCAGCUGUAUGCCUGUUAUGCCAUCGGUAAGGACGUCCAGGCCAUGAAGGCCGUGGUGGGUGAGGAGGCGCUCACCUCUGAUGACCUGCUCUAUCUUGAGUUCCUACAGAAGUUUGAGAAGAACUUCAUUGCUCAGGGCCCAUACGACAAUAGGACGGUGUAUGAGACCCUGGACAUUGGCUGGCAGCUGCUGCGAAUCUUCCCCAAAGAGAUGCUCAAGAGGAUUCCUCAAAGCACCUUGGCUGAGUUUUACCCCAGAGAGUCUGCCGCCCGUCACUGAGGCACACCUAGGAUGCCCUGCUUCUAUCCCUAACCACCUAUCCCUUUCUACCCACCAUCCUCCUCUCCUUUUACUCCUCUUCUUUAUCUCCUCCUACAUCCCAGUAAACUGCUGUCGUGGAGCCUUCUCCCACCCCAACCCUCAUCCCCCUCUCUUUGUUUUUAUCACCUCCUGUUGACCUCUUUCUCAAUCAAGUCACCCCAGCACCUCCUCCCAGUUCCCCUCUGAACCAGAACAGGGCAAUGAUCUCCUGUAGAUGUACUGUAGUGUAUUUGUGUCCAGAAGUUGUGUAUGGAAAGUGUCUGUGGUUUAACGUCUACCCCUUGAUUGCAAAAGAGUGAACAUAUCGUUAAAUUAUAGAUGAGUCCUUAUUUAUUGGGGUGUGUAACUGCCGGAUGCCCCUCCUCUUUGUCUUCUUUUUUUUUUUUUUAAA